UGGUACCUCCGAGAUACACAGUAGAACUGGCCUGUGGUUUUGGAGCCACUGUCUUCCUGGUUGUGAUCCUCAUUGUUGUUUACCAUGUUUACUGGUUAGAGAUAGUCCUCUUUUACCGGGCUCAUUUUGGAACAGAUGAAACCAUUCUAGAUGGGAAGGAGUAUGAUAUUUAUGUAUCUUACGCAAGGAAUGCUGAAGAAGAGGAAUUUGUGUUACUGACACUCCGUGGAGUUUUGGAGAAUGAGUUUGGAUAUAAGCUGUGUAUCUUUGACCGGGACAGUCUGCCUGGAGGAAAUACAGUGGAAGCAGUUUUUGAUUUCAUUCAGAGAAGCCGAAGGAUGAUUGUUGUUCUGAGCCCAGAUUACGUGACAGAAAAGAGCAUCAGCAUGCUGGAGUUUAAGCUGGGUGUGAUGUGCCAGAACUCCAUCGCCACCAAGCUCAUUGUGGUGGAGUACCGCCCUCUCGAGCAUCCACACCCAGGCAUCCUACAGCUGAAGGAGUCUGUGUCUUUCGUGAGCUGGAAGGGAGAAAAGUCCAAACAUUCUGGCUCCAAAUUCUGGAAGGCCUUGCGGUUGGCUCUUCCCCUGAGAAGUCUGAGUGCCAGUUCUGGCUGGAAUGAGAGCUGCUCUUCUCAAUCUGACAUCAGCUGGGAUCAUGUUCAGAAGAGGAGAAGUCGGUUGAAAGAGCCCCCAGAACUCCAGAGCUCAGAAAGGGGUGCAGGUCCCCCUCCUGCCUCAGGCACAAUGUCCAAGCACCGAGGGAAGCCCUCCGCAGCCUGCCGCUGCUGCGUCACCUACUGUGAAGGAGAGGGUCACCUCAGGAGCAAGAGCCGGGCUGAGAUUCAUACCCAACCCCAGUGGGAGACACACCUCUGUAAGCCUGUUCCCCAAGAGUCAGAAACUCAAUGGAUACAAAAUGGCACCCGAUCGGAUCCCCCUGCUCCCCAGAUCCCAGCUCUUGCACUUCGCCAUUUCACAAAUUUAUCCAAUAACAAUGACUUUUAUAUCCUAUAG